AUAAAAAUGAGUUUGCGGCAUUACGACCGUCAAACCUCCGAGCGUCACUGAAGAGCGUACGAGGCGAUUCCACUUUUUCCGGGCAAGGGAUUGGUAUUUGGGCAAUCUGAAGACUUGCUGUCCGAAGCACACCAGCUGUUGAGUCCAAAACACUUUUUGGCAAAGAUGGGUCGGUUUUUGGCAGCCUUCGCCGUCGCGAGCUUGGUCCUGCUUGCUACCCUUAGCGUCCUCCACCUCGCAGAUGCCACCGGUGCGAAAUGUCCCUGCUCCCCUGGGACGAAGCGGUGCACUCCCACGGGUCCGUGCCUGAUGAGAACGCAGAGGACGGGGUAUAAGAUCUUGGCAUUCCGCUCCUUCGCCUUGCUCCUUGCACCACAAGACAUGUCGCCUUCUUCGUCCUCCCUCUUGCACAUCUUGCUGUACUGCUUAGCUCUGUCGUGCGCAGAGGAAUGACCACAUUUUCUUUCAUUCCUUGGAACUUGAUUCGUUGGGCUCUCUGCAAAAUGCUUGCACUCUUGACAAUGAAAAUGCAAAAAGAAG